UCUGGUCACCUGAUGUGGUGAACACCUGGCUUACACUCGUUGGGUGUCAGAGCACAGCUCUCCAGUUUCCCAUUCUUGUCCAUAAUGAGCGCGCUCACCAGGUAGAUGGUUCCGACAUUUCUUAUGCAGCUGGUUUACCUCUCGUGUCGAGCCCGAACUACCCCCUCCAUCGGUCUAGUGCCGUCGGAGAAGUCAAUAUUCGAGUGUUUGUGGUCUCCGUCGUCCACAGCGUCGUGAUAUCUCUCACUGCAGGGCCCGUUGGCUUCCCUUGUUUACGUUCAGUGGAUAGGAGAAUUUGAAAAAUGCGUCACGGCUCCCCACCUGUUCGAGGCUCCUCGCCCAUGGUGGCUGCGUCAACGGCGUCACUGUCCUCUUCAGCUGGGGCGCAGGCAAACUUUUCAAGCUCAAGCCGUAUGGGAAGCACGGGACGGGCGGAGCAGAUUAUUCAAAACGUGUAUUCAAAAGUGGCUCAAGUCAUUGUUCAGGCGCGCGCUACUGAACACGCUCGAAGAUCUUUGUCGUCGGGCAGAAAGCUGAACAAAUGGUUCAAUUUGGAAACUUUGGAUAUUGAAAGUCUAAAGGAAGAACUGAAAUAUUGGCGGGCGCAUGCCAUAACGUCGCCACAACCUCCUCCACUCAUCAUCGACAUAUUCCUGGAUCUAUCAGCAUUGACAGCAAGUCAAGUUUUGAUGCUUCGUGACGAACUCACUCAACGCCGUCAGCGGAUUGGACACGAGCAUCUGCAAGCGGUAGAUCCAUCUACCGGCAUUUCUGGGCGCCACAAAUCGGUGCUUUUGGAAUCGUGGCAGUUGACGUUGUCACAUCCAAUAGCGUCACAGGCACCUGAGCUCCCCGUGGUCUAUAAAAAGUCUGUUGCUCUGUUCCGCUCAUUGUAUAGCUAUGUUCGGCUUCUGCCGGCAUAUCGAUUGUAUAGAAAGCUGCGAAGGCAAAAGGAUGGGAAUCUGGGCAUCGGCUACAGACUGUCAACCUCACGGGUAAUGCCAGUUGAUGAGGCAGGGCUUGAUCAACUCCACAGUAGCGGCGACAUGCGACGGGGCCUUUCAGAGUACAACUUUGGAUCCAUAGAUACCCCAUUUGGAGUGUUUAGUCUUCACGUUAAUUACCGGUUGGAAUGCGACUUUUCCGUUGAGGAUCCCGAGGCGGUGUUGGGCACCCGCCUUGGAGAUAUGGACGAGCACUACUUUUCUCCCCGAUCGUUGGACCGAGCCCGUGAUAUUGGAAGUGGACCUUUGUUAUUACAGCAAGCUCGCCGCAGCAGUUCUUCAUCGAGUCGUCGCGGGGUUAUUCAUCAGAAUGAUGACAUGACUAGAACAAGUUCUGCUGGUUCGUUGCCGCGGCGGACGAGUCGUUAUGGAUCACAAACGUCGGUGCACUCACAGGACGGAUUUCAUACUGGGAGAGAUUAUGGUAGGGGAGGCGUCCCUCCAGUCAAUAUUCCGCCGGGAUCAUUACCGACUCGUGUAGGACAUCGCCAUUCGUAUUCGACAGCGUCAACUUCAUCGUCACCGGGAGUUUUCCAGUUCCAAAGGACAGGGACUCCCUCUCCUUCUUCCCAUCACUCAUCCAGCCAGCAACAUCUGAUGGAUCGCAGACAGUCAUGGCAAGUAUCACCGGCUUCUAACCCAUCUGUGGCCGCGUUCACUCCCCCAUCUGCUGCGUUCAGCAUGGGAGGUCGUCAGGAUUUUGAGAAUGCUCGCUUUAAUGAACCGCCACCGUUUUCGGCAAACACGGAUGUUGCGGAACCCCAGGUGGUACCAGAGAUUCUCACGGCUGAUGUAAUUCCGUUUACCUCUCAUAGUCCGCCGUUUGAUAUGCAGUUAUCUAACAAGACUCAUGCGAAAUCCGUACUUGCCCAUCGUGCCAGCUUCUCUGUUUCGCGUUCAGCAUCACCGGUAUCCACGGAUCUGGCGCGUCGUCCAUCCGUAACUUUCCCGACCGCUUCUGUCCCCUUCAAAGCCGAUAUUUCGCAUUCACCGCCUUCCUUUUUUACUCCUAACUCUUCAUCACUCGGCCGUCCGCUCCCGGCCGGAUAUAAGCUUUCUCCUCCGCCGUUGGCAAACUUGAGUUCUGGGAGUGGGUCCAGUGCAAUGGAACUCGGUGAAUUCUUCCGGACGCUUGAACUCGGUCGGCGCUCUCUGAGAAUCUCCGAUACGCCAAGCGGUGAGGGUACCGCUUACGGAGUAGACAACUGCGGUCCUGGAGGGCAUGAAGGAUCAAUUAUGAAUGCGGCCGAUUCUUCUUUAGCCAGACUAUCCAGAACAAAGCUGGUACUGGCUCGGUAUCGAGAGUUAAAUGAACUUAAUGCGGCCUUUUCGAAUUCUCUUUCAGAAUUCAUUGCAUCCGAAGAACUUGACGGUCCGUCGGAGAUGGGCGAAUCACAUCCGCAGGCAGUAGUCGAAACCAUCUCACCGAGCAAUGCAGAUCCCACGGAUCUUGUACUAUCUCCUCGGCCAUUGGAUGCCAUAGAGGAUUCAAGAAGAUUGGAACAACAUGACGACGCGGAAUAUCCCGUUCUGGACACAGAAAGCUUCGCGUUUGAUGAGGCCAUCGAUCGCCCUCGUGUAGGACGAGCAAAUUAUCCAAAUUCCUUGCCUAAUCACCUUCAGCCCGUUUCUCACCAACACCACCUUGAUCCCACAAGUAGCACACCGAUUGCGAUGCCUCGAGACCACUUGUCUGGCGGGAGCCCUUUUAUGAGGAGAGAGCACAAUGAUUCGCACGGAGCUGCGCAUUUGCGACGGCGGUCGGUCGCCACCCUCCUUCCCGACCACGAUCUUGAUAAACACCCAGGUCGUCCUCCGGAUCGGAUGUCUCCCGAUCCUCCGAUCGCGUCUCCGACACCGAGAACUCGGGAUUGGAUCCAUUCAACUGAAUCGUCGCAUCAUGUCUCUCGACCCAGUAUGCAUUUAUCACCGGGUUGGUCAGGAGGGCAGCGGGAUCCUGCAUUCCCUUAUGGGAUGAUACAGCAGGAGUUGACCUCAACUCGCCUUUCUAAUCCCAGUCAUGAAUCUAGUGAGGAGGACGAGGAGUUACUGUUUAACAUGAGCGGAUUAGAUCUAUGUGAUAGUAGGGAGUGUAUGUAAAUUCAGGAGAUUACCGGGUGGGUGAUGGGAAAUCUAAUAAAGUGUAUAUAUCCUGCAAUACAUGACUAUGUACAAAUGGA